AGAGUCGCAGACAACAUGAAUGUGGGCGCAAAUCCCAAAUCCCGGGCAUUAGCGGCCCGCGAACCUCGGUUGACGGAAGAAGUUGGUCGUUUAGGCGGACUACAUACGGCAAGCGCGGAGAUAUCUAUACUGUUAAGGGCUUGUGGAGAUCUCUGUGCUGCAAAGAUGGAGAUGGGUGGAUUCCUUCAACGCCAUUAUAAGCUGUUGCUCUUUGUUUUGCUCAUACAAUGGACUUGGCCUUCUCUUGAACCAGCAUGUGUGAACGGAUUUUACAGCAGCAGAUAUGGGCGGAGAGGUCCGUUUGGAAGUCGUUACAUUAUUGUGGAUAGCGAGGGACGAGGGCAUUUCGGGAGUGUCCAGGCAGCUGUCGAUUCUGUCAGACAUGGCAACAGAGAGCGGGUUACAAUAGAAAUUAGACCCGGUUCUUACACAGAGAAGGUGGUUGUUCCCCAAUCGAAGCCAUAUAUCACGUUGCAAGGCUGGGGAAAGGAACGUACGGUUAUUGAAUGGCAUAACAAAGCCAGUGAUGUUGGGCCAGAUGGGCAGGAGCUUCACACUUAUAAUACAGCUUCGGUUACUGUCCUGGCUAACCAUUUUUCUGCUAGGAACAUUACUUUCAAGAAUUCUGCUCCGGCGCCAUUACCAGGAAUGGAAGGAUGGCAGGCGGCAUCUUUCCGCAUAUCAGGAGACAAAGCUUACUUCCUUGGUUGUGCAUUCAUUGGCGCUCAAGACACUCUCUGCGACGAUGCAGGCCGCCAUUUCUUCAGAGAAUGUUAUAUUGAAGGCUCUAUCGAUUUCAUCUUCGGCGACGGCCAAUCUCUCUAUUAUAAAAGUGAGCUGCAUUCAGUGGCCCAAGUGUUCGGAUCUGUGGCAGCUCAGGACAGGCGGAGGCCAUACGAAAGAACAGGGUUCUCAUUUGUGCACUGUAAAGUAACUGGAAGAGGGCCCCUCUAUCUGGGGCGCGCCAUGGGUCAAUACUCCCGUAUUGUUUACGCUUAUUCAUACUUCGAGGACAUCAUAGCCGGGUGGGACGAUUGGGACCACCAGACCAGUAAAGACGGGGUAUUCUUCGGGAUGUAUAGAUGCUAUGGACCGGGUGCUCGAGCUGCCCGUCGUACUUCGUGGGCUCAUGAACUGACACCAUCGCAGGCCAAGCCAUUCCUUAUGAAGAGCUUUGUAAAUGGGUGGCAUUGGAUACCGGAGAAUUUUGAUUAGUGGGUGUGGGACUGUUGUUAGUCUGUCUCCCACUAUCUAUAGAAAAUAAAGUAAACCACCGAUUUCAAAAGCGGAUUGUUGAAUUUUUCUCUGUAACUUUUCUGGAGUUUAACGCCCAUGACUUGACAAAAUGAAUAGACCGUUAAUUUUCCCUUUGAUGUUGAAACGACCUUAAGGUUCUCUUUAGCGGCUCUCUUUUGUGGGAUUAGAAUCCCAAGCAGCAAGCAAAGUUUUAUUUUAUCUUAUUGGAUUGAAAAAUAUAUAUAUUAUCAUAGCUUUUUGGGACU